CCGGUGUUUGACAGUCCCCGUGACUGUGCCCCUGUCUGUCUCCGCAGCACCUGGACUCCCUGUGGCGCAGUGUGCGCUGGAUCACGGACGCGCUGCACUGCGUGCGCCACAAGGAGAGCGGGCGUGGCGCCCCCCUGGGCCGGGUCAUGGAGGACCAGGAGAGGGGGGAGCCCCAGAGCCCCCACGGCAGCAGCAGCGUCCCGGACCGGGGGUCAGCGCCCGGGUCGACCUGCACAGACCGCCGGCCCAGUCUGGGGUUGGACAACGUGCUCUGGACGGGCAGCCGUGUGGCUCCGGACUGCUUCCAUCCCAACAGCCCCGUGGACAGUGAGGGGUCCCUCAAGAGCAGCGGCCAAUCAGGAGCCAGCAGGAGGAGCCCACCCGCGCGCAGGGACCAAUCAGCGGCGCGGGCCUACGGCGUCGGCCAACCAGAGCCGAGGGCCGGCGGCUGUGUCACGGCGGGGGGCGGGACGGACUCCUGGCCGGGACUCGGGGAAUCGGGGGUCGGACUCGGGCAGCAGGAGGUGCCGGAGGUUGGGGGCAGUCCGAGUGACCCCUCAGUCCUGGAGGACAGCGCCUGCGCUCCGUCGUGGCUGCGGCUCAGAGACUCUGCCCAGGAGGAGGAGCCGCCUCCCUGGGAGCUCCUGGACAGGGUCGGAGCCCCCCUGCCUCAGGACGGCCCCCCGGGGCGGGAGCCGACCCCCCUCCUGCCCCGCUGCGACAGCCGGGGCGACCCGCUGAGGCCACAGCCCACCAGGGGGCGCUGCCUGCCCGAGAGGAGCCUGGUGGAGUGGAUCAGCUCGCCGCCGCAGUCCUGAGGCUCGCCGCCGGAGAUCCGCGCGGGGGGGACUGGACAGCGCCCGGCUGCAGCGCUCGGGACCGGGCCGGAGCUCAGAACCCGUCGCUGUGCCUCUGCGCCUCUGUCCGUUUGAGCCCUUUGCUGUCACACCACUCUGUUGCCUUACUGUACAUAAACUCACACUCACUCUGAAA